AUUUCAAAUUCAUUAAUUUGUUAUCAACUUGAAUUUAAUAAUUGCAAAUCAUGUAUUCGAUAUCAGUGAUUUCUAGAUAGGAAUAUCAAUAGUACAAGUAAUGUCUGUAUGUAAGGUGAAAGAAAAAGGUUCAACAUUCUUUUUUAAUAAAAAUUUACGACUAAUAUCUUCGUCUAGCGAAGAUGCUACAUAUAUUGAAAAGCAAAUACAAGAAGUUUUUAAAUAUAAAAACCGUAAUGUCAGUAAUUGGAUUAUCGAGAAUAAAGCUAAUACUUUUUGCCAUGAAUAUCAUCAAAGUAAGCUAGCAGAUAAACAACGUACAUUACGUAUAUUAGCAUCCAAAUAUGCUGUUCAACAUGAUACUGUAUGCAGCAUAGCAGAAAAGCUAAUUUGUACAGAGUGUGAAAAUGAAAGACGGUUGAUUUCUUAUGAACAAAACUUAAAAAAUGCUCUUAGCCCAGAUUAUAAGUGGCUGUUUGUAAUCAUAGGAAGACUUGAAAAUGGUGUAAAAUUUCUUGUUGAUUUGCGAACAGAUAUUUUAGAGUUACUAUCAGAAAUUAAAGAAACAGAGGAUAGUAUUGCAAUACAGCAAUUAAACAUUACUCUACGGGAAUUAUUAUUACUUUGGUUUUCAGUAGGAUUUCUACAUUUAGAAAGAGUAACUUGGCAAAGUGCAUGUGACUUAUUACAAAAGAUUUCAGAUUAUGAAGCAAUACAUCCUGUAAAAAAUUGGUUAGAUUUGAAACAUAGAGUGGGACCAUAUAGAAGGUGUUACAUAUUCACUCAUCCAUCUAUGCCAAGAGAACCUCUUGUUGUAUUGCACACAGCAUUAUGUGAUAUUAUACCAAGUAGUGUAAAGGGUAUUGAAGAAGCAAAGGUCAGAAUCCUUGGUGAGUUCAAGAAAGAUAUAACAUUUUCAGAGGAACACAAAACCAAAAUAAAGGCUGCAAUAUUUUAUUCAAUAACUUCAACACAAAAAGGACUGCAGGGUAUAGAACUUGGAAAUUAUUUAAUAAAAGAAGUUGUAAAGCAAAUAAUCUCUGAAUUUCCUAUGAUAGAUGAACUAUCUAGUUUAUCACCAAUACCAAAUUUUAGAAGUUGGCUUCUUGAAAAGAUGAAACAAGACAUAAAUUUGAUUUUUACAAGUGAAGAAUAUAAGUCUGUACAAACAACUUUAAAUGACGAAAAUGUUGCAUUGUGCUUAAAAAAAAUUUUUAAUAAUUCAUUGUGGACCAAUGACGUAUCAUUAUGUGAAGUUUUAAAAGUACCAUUACUUCGAGCAUGUGCAUGGUACUUAUACAAAGAAAAAAGGCGAAACUACGCUUUGAACAGUGUUGCUAAUUUCCAUCUUCGGAACGGAGCUGUUAUGUGGAGAAUAAACUGGUUAGCUGAUCCUUCACCGCGUGGUGUUGCAAAUAGUUGUGGCAUUAUGGUGAACUAUAGGUACUAUUUAGACGAGUGUGAAAAAAAUAGUCAAAAUUAUAUUGAAAAUUAUUUCAUAAAUGCUUCCGAGAAUGUAAUUAAUCUUACUAUGCAGCAAGAAAAUUUACAAAAUACUGUACAAAAAAAAGGAUGUGAUAAAUAAUUGUCUUGCGGGAUCAAAACCUCAAGAAUUGAUAAGAAAAAUCGCGAGAGAUACAGAUAUCUGUCUGCAGUGGUCCGCAUUUUUCCGUGCGUCCUACAGUAUUGUUACAAUAACCAUUUCUAUAUCUAUAUAUCCUAUACAAUUAUUUUAAAUUGUCUAAAAAUAAAACUUGAUUGAAGCGAUAAAAAAUGCUCUGAAUAAAUUAC